GUUUAUAUAAAGAUCCACAACAAGGCUUUCUCUUCAAGUAAGACUUUUACUAAGGGAAGAUUCUGGCCUGAACCUUACAAAGCCAGUGAAAGGACACUGCCUUCAGUCUUAAAGCUGCUAGUCUGUCAUGAAGCUGGUUCUUUUCCUCUUGUGUUUCUCUGCUGCUGCUUCCAAACCUCCUGUCCGCCACACAUACCACGUGGUCAUGACAAAGGCAUCAUGGACUGAUGCACAGAGUUACUGCAGAGGGAUGUACUCGGAUCUGGCAACCAUCGUAACUAAAAAAGAUUUGAUGAGAUUGAAGAAAGAACUGGAAAGUAAUAAUCUGACCUCAUCCGCCUGGAUCGGACUCUACAACGACAUUGAUAGCUGGCGCUGGUCCUUAAACGACCUGAAGAAUACUGUUCUACAGAAGUGGAAACCUCACGAGCCGAAUAAUGAGGGCGGCAAUCAGUCGUGUGCGAUCAUAGAUUCACAGGGAUACUGGUAUGAUGAACCCUGCGCAGACCCCAAUCCCUUUAUAUGCUACAGCGCUGGUAAAACUGGUGCUGACCGCUUCGUUGGUGUCUCUAGUCCUCUGAUGAGCUGGACUGAGGCUCAGACUUACUGCAGAACAUUUCACACUGACCUGGCCAGCGCAUUCAAUCAGACGGACAAUGACCUGCUACAGCAGGUGGCAUCUACACAGGGUAGCUCCUGGAUGGGGCUGUUCAGGGACACAUGGAAGUGGUCAGAUGGAACCAUCCCUACUGACCUCCAGUGGAGUUCCGGACAACCCGAUAAUUAUUAUAGAGAUGAAGACUGUAGUGCAGUGUAUAACAGAGUGUUCAGUGAUGAAGCGUGCACCAACCUUUACUACUUCAUCUGUCACAGCUUUCCACCGAUGUGGGAACAGAAGAUAGUGAGGCUGCAGGUGAAGUCUGAUGGCAGUGUGUUAGAUUCUGCUGUACAGUCAUCCAUUUUAGAGCAGAUCAAACAGAAAGUGAAAGAUCAGGGCAUGUUGAUGGAGGCAGCAGUGUCCUGGAGGGCUCAGAAAGAUGGAAAGAUCUUCCAGAAAAAAAACAAGAACCACCCUUAAUAUGUAAAUUCAUAACAUGCUUCUGUUAUAAUUAGACUUGAUUGAUGUUAGAAGCAGGAAAAAUGGACAAGUGUAAAGAUUUAAGCUUUGAGUUUGACGAAGGGACAAAUUGUGAUGGCUAGACCACUGAAUCAGAGCAUCUCCAAAACUCCAGCUUUUGUGGGGUGUCCCCGGUCUGCAUGGUCAGUAUCUAUCAAAAGUAUCCAUUAAGUCCUGUAAGUUACGAGGUGGAGCCCAGCUUACAGCUUACAGACUUAAAUGAUCUUCUGCUAACAUCUUGGUGCCAGAUCACACAACACACCUUCAGGGAUCUUGUGGAGUCCAUGCCUUGACAGGUCUGGGCUGUUUUGGCAGCAAAAGGGGACCAGCACAAUGUAAUUUGUGAUCGUUGUAUAAAAC